UUCGCUGAUUUACAUCUGACUUCUUAGUUGUUGGGAUAUGGAUGCUGGCCAUUCUAGCUCCAAAAAGCUAUUCGCUUCGCUGCUACUGGAAGACAGGCGUCAGACAUUCACCGCCCCCCCCCCCCCGAAUAUAACUCUUUUGGGCAACGGAUUCGCUGAGUCCGUCUACUGGUGGUAGAUUUGGAGCCAUUCACUAUGACAUUCACUAUCACACAAAACAAUUCAAUUUUCAUAUGAAUUGGUGCUACUGCGCAAUGUCGAUCUUACGCCAUCCAUAAAAAGUCGGGGAGAUGGGGAAAACAAUUUCAAUUAGUUCACGAAUGCAAAUAUUUACGCCAUCAUCUGCCAAUUAUAUCCAAAAUCAAAUCAAGGCUGUAGGUCAAGGAAGGCCAAAGACCCAUUUGUCAUUGCAUCCAUGUCGGGCGCCCUUAUAUCCUAUAGCGGAAGCCAACCUGCCAGUAAAAACUCUGUGCUACGGCCUGUAGCGUGACUCCGUGACAUGGAAGGGUCAGCGUUGUCGGGGCCAUCGACCUCCUCACGAAGACAAGGCACGCACUGGCCGGUCCUUAUAGUGCAGCGCCCCGGUUCGGUGGGUGUUCUUAUAGCUCAGCACUCCAGCCGGUGCCGUCCCAGUCCCGUCUGCCAUGCCGGCGGCCCGGCGCUCUCGGUGGCGGCCGCUGCUGGCUGUGCUUCUGACGGCGGUCGGCGGCGCGACACACGAGCACUGCGCCCCGCCGGUGAUCGAGGGCCACCCGUGCUCGGAUGUGAGCGGCCUGCGCCAGUCGCCGGUGGCCAUUGACUCGUGCCGCGCCACUGCCGACGUCCACCGGCCGCUGCGGAUUUCUAACCUGGACGCCAUCCCGCGCCGGAUGACGGUGGAUAACACGGGAGACCGAGUGGCCGGGGAUGUGUUCUGGGCGCCCGGUGAGAUCCCCACCAUCACUGGCGGCCGGCUGCGCGGCCAGUUCGUCUACGAGCUGUACGACCUCCACUGGGGCGCGAACAGCUCCUCCGGCUCCGAGCACCUGGUGAACGGGCGCAGCUACGCCGGCGAGCUCCACCUCGGCUUCAAGAACAUCAAGUACGCCACUGUGGAGGAGGCUCUGCUGCACGCGGACGGCGUGGUCGCUCUGGCGGUGCUGUUGGACGUCCAGACGCGCAGUCCGGGCCGCGGACUGACGGCGCUGGCACCGGCGCUGUUCCAGAUCCGCGAGGCGGCGAGCUCGGCAGAGCUGGUCUCGCCGCCGACUCUCCGGGAGCUGCUGCCGCGCCAGCUGCAGCGCUACGUCCAGUACGAGGGCUCCUUCACCUCGGUGCCGCCGUGCCGCGAGGCCGCCACCUGGAUCGUGCUGCUGGAGCCGCUGCGGGUGCUGGAGCUGGAGCUGGAGCUGCUCCGGCAGCUGCGCGACCCCAGCGGACAGAACAUCUGCACCAGCCUGAACCGGCAGCUGCAGCCGCUGGCCAGCCGACCGCUGCACACCAAACACGCGCACCGGGGCUGCUAGCGCACGCGCGCUGCACACCGGUCACCAUUUCCUUACAUAAUGUUUGUUGGAUCAUUUGUUAUCUGAACCAGGGAAAUGUUUUGUGUUUUGUAAUAUGUGUUUGAGUUGUGUAAUAAAGUGUAUGA